CCUUUGGAGAAGACAUCUCACAGCAUCAACAGCAAAACCCAAAAAACCAAAUCCAUCAAAAUGGUGUCUGUACGCUUCGUUCUUGCCAUCGUCGCCACUCUCUUCGUCCUCGCCAUCAGCGUCGACGCUGCCUACAGGAAGCCUCCCUUCAACGGAAGCAUCUUUGGCAAGCGAUCCAACACCAUCACUGAUUACGAAAUGACCAGCCGAGCCAUGUCCUCCGUCUGCGAAACCGUCAGCGAGACAUGCAACGCUUGGCUCUCUCGCCAGGACUCCAACUGAAGAUACUGAACCGACCA